UUUAUUUUUGCAUGAGCUGGAAAACAGGCGGUGAGGUCAGACUGGGCCCGGCUCCAAGUAUGUGCAGUCUAUGCUCCAACCCCUUUCUCGCAAGGACUUCUGGGAAAUUGAGUCCGCGCUCUCAAUAAUUCAAGCUCCCGUUCCCUUCUCCUCCACUGCUAACAAGAUGCCGGCCAUACAUCACAAGCUGCUCCUGGAGGAUGCCUUGCAGGACAGUCCUCAGACGCGCUCUCUGCUGAGUGUGUUUGAGGAGGAUUCUGGCAUGCUGACAGACUACACCAAUCAGCUGCUGCAGACGAUGCAGCGGGUGUUUGGAGCACAGAGUGAAAUGGGAUUGGCCACGGAGCAGCUCUCAAGGCAACUCCUGGAUUACGAGAAGAAAAAUUUUGCUCUGGGCAAAGGUGAUGAAGAAGUAAUCGCCACGCUGCAGAACUUCUCAAAAACAGUGGGCGAGCUAAACUCGCUCCACUCCGAGCUAGCCAGCCAGAUGGCUGACAGCAUGGUGUUUCCCCUUAUCCAGUUCAGAGAGAAGGACCUCACAGAGAUUAGCACUUUGAAGGAAAUUUUCAGCAUCGCCACUGAUGAACAUGAGGCAGCUAUGGUGAAAUACAGUCGACUGCCAAAGAAGAAGGAGAAUGAGAAGCUGAAGGCUGACCUGGUGAAGGAGGUGGCGUACACCAGGAGGAAGCAGCACCAGGCCUCGCUGCAGUACUACUGCGCCCUCAACGCCCUGCAGUACCGGAAGAGAGUAGCCAUGCUGGAACCGAUGCUCGGCUACACUCAGGCUCAGGCUAGCUUCUUCAAGAAGGGCAUUGAGUUGGUGUCAAAGAAGAUGGAAAGUUUUCUCAACUCGGUGUCAAAAAUGACACAAAAUAUCCAGGCCCAGUUGGACGUAGAGGCAGAAGCCAUGCGUACGUGCCAGAAGGAGCUUCUGUCAAUGGAUGACACCGUCUACAUGCCCGAUAAGGACACCGAAUGUGGCAAUCGCACACUCAUCCAAAAGGCUGGUUACCUCAACAUCAGGAAUAAAACAGGUCUGGUGACCACCGCCUGGGACCGGCUGUACUUCUUUACCCAGGGGGGGAACCUGAUGUGUCAGCCUCGGGGGGCCGUGGCAGGCGGCAUGGUGCUGGACCUGGACAACAGCUCCGUCAUGGCUGUGGAGUGUGAGGACAGACGCUACUGUUUCCAGAUAACCUCCCCUUCAGGAAAAACUUCAAUGAUUCUGCAGGCUGAGAGCAAGAAGGAGUAUGAGGAGUGGAUUUGCACGGUUAACAACAUUUCCAGACAGAUCUACCUGACGGACAACCCAGAGGCUGUGGCCAUCCGACUGAACCAAACCGCCAUCCAGGCAGUCACCCCCAUCACCAGCUUUGAGAAGAGACAGGAAGGCUCUCCCAACCCGGACAGAGCAAAGCCAGGAGGUGCCCACGCCACUCGCAGCGAUUCCCAGAAAUCUGGUUCUGCUCCGGAACCGGAGGACCUGAUAGCUCCUGGGACGCCAAUUCAGUUCGACAUCAUGCUGCCCGCGUCUGAGUUUCAGGACCAGAACAGAGCUGGGGGGAGGCGCACAAAUCCGUUUGGAGAAACAGAUGGUACAACAGAAAGCGAUGACUCCCUCCUGCAGCAGGUAUUCGCCGUGCGUUUCCUGGGCUCCAUGGCCGUCCGGUGUGGGGACAAUCAGGAGGUGAUCUACGAAGCCAUGAGGCAGGUGCUGGCUGCCCGCGCCAUCCAUAACAUCUUUAAGACCACCGAGUCUCACCUCCUGGUCACCAGCAGCAGCAUCAGGCUGAUAGAACCACAAACUCAAGUCACAAGAAUAAGUUUCCAGCUGGAAGAGGUGUGUCAGUUUGCAGCUCACCAAGAGAACGGGAGGCUGAUGGGCUUCGUAGUUGAAGGGAGAGACUGGAGUGACGGGAACGAGGAGGGAGAACCGUCGUUUAGCACCUUCGUCUUUGAGAGCAACACAGAGGGUGAAAAGAUAUGUUACACCAUAAACUUGGCAAAGGAGAUUACAGAAGCUAAGAAGGACCCAGAAGCUCUGGCCCAGCUAAUGAAAAACAUGCCUCUGACCAAUGAUGGCAAGUUCCUGCUGCUUGAGCCUGGGACAGGAGACUCAAACGACGGAGAGGGGCAGGAGGACCUGGAGUCUGAGGCCUAAUUUUAACCAAUAACAGCAAAGACACUGGUGUAAUGCAAGGCUUGUCCUGGAUAAAGUUCUCCUCAUGACCCUUAGCACUAACUAGUACUGUAACACCAACAUGAGAGUGUGGUUUACUUCCAUCGACCUGUACGACUAGACCUGGUUAGAGGUGGUUUGACCAAAGUAAUGGGAAAAAACACCAGUUUGAUUGUUAUUUCAUUCCAACAACAGCAUGGGUCCAUCCACAUCACAAUAGAUACCGGUUGUUUAUAAGAACCUCAGCCAUCCAAGAGGAGGUGGUGAGUGGCUCACCUUCAGUGAGGUUUACAUUUAUUUUAUAUAGUUGAAGUGUUUGUAUUUGAAGAAUGUAAUCAUCUGGUUACCUUGUAUGUGAGGUGUUUAUUAUUAUACUCAUGUAUUCUUUAAUUAUUCAUGUAGAAAGCAUUUAUUUCUCAUCCACUCUUUGUACCUUUAUAAGAACAUUAACGGUUUGGUUUGGACAGCACUAAUUAAGACAGCAGCGACUGGUCCCCUCAUGUUUUAAGCAGCAGCAUGAAGUGAAACGUUUCUGCUCUGAUUGCGCUUCUCCUCCCACAAUCAUGUUUUAGAGCUAAAAUCUUAGGAAUGCUGGUAAAAUAAACAAAAGUUGUGCAGGAUCUAAUCCCACAUUACCUGAAGAUAAUCUGUAUGCAAGAUCCUUUUGCAAGUUUCCCAAAACAAAUCCUGUUUUAUUUCCUUCUGAAGUCUGUAAAUAUGAUCUUUUGGCGUGUCUCUAUAGUGGUAAAUCUGUCCAUAUGCUACGACUUGCAGCACAUGAUUAAAUGACUCUUCUCUCA